AAGUGUGCCGUGGAGAGGAUAGGCCACAGGAGGGGUAGCCCCUAGCUACGUAAUACCAUGGUGGGAUUUUGGUGCUACUGCGCUCAGGACCAUGCCAGCAGGUUAGUAGGAAAGAGUGUUAUCGGGCCGGUUACCGCACCAGGGUCCCCGGGGUGAGCCCACCCGGCCCUAGGGCUGCUGCAGGCGGGCAGAGCAUGAGAGGCAGAGAGCCCCUGGAGCAGCUGAUCCAGAAGCUCCGGGGAGCUGGGGAAGAUGCAGGCGGGCUGAUGGUGCGUGCUUUGCGGGGAGAAAACAUGGGAGCAUGGGGGGAAGUGCUCCAUUUUAACACAGAAUCAGAUUCCUGGGAGUCAGGGGCGCUUCACCAGCAGCAUGGCCGAGGAGGGGGCCCCUCAGGCGGGCAGAGCAAGAGAGGCAGAGAGCCCCUGGAGCAGCUGAUCCAGAAGCUCCGGGGAGCUGGGGAAGAUGCAGGCGGGCUGAUGGUGCGUGCUUUGCGGGUAGAAACCCUGGGAGCAUGGGGGGAAGUGCUCCAUUUUAACGCAGAAUCAGAUUCCUGGGAGUCAGGGGCGCUUCACCAGCAGCAUGGCCGAGGAGGGGGCCCCUCAGGCGGGCAGAGCAAGAGAGGCAGAGAGCCCCUGGAGCAGCUGAUCCAGAAGCUCCGGGGAGCUGGGGAAGAUGCAGGCGGGCUGAUGGUGCGUGCUUUGCGGGGAGAAAACAUGGGAGCAUGGGGGGAAGUGCUCCAUUUUAACGCAGAAUCAGAUUCCUGGGAGUCAGGGGCGCUUCACCAGCAGCAUGGCCGAGGAGGGGGCCCCUCAGGCGGGCAGAGCAAGAGAGGCAGAGAGCCCCUGGAGCAGCUGAUCCAGAAGCUCCGGGGAGCUGGGGAAGAUGCAGGCGGGCUGAUGGUGCGUGCUUUGCGGGGAGAAAACAUGGGAGCAUGGGGGGAAGUGCUCCAUUUUAACGCAGAAUCAGAUUCCUGGGAGUCAGGGGCGCUUCACCAGCAGCAUGGCCGAGGAGGGGGCCCCUCAGGCGGGCAGAGCAAGAGAGGCAGAGAGCCCCUGGAGCAGCUGAUCCAGAAGCUCCGGGGAGCUGGGGAAGAUGCAGGCGGGCUGAUGGUGCGUGCUUUGCGGGGAGAAAACAUGGGAGCAUGGGGGGAAGUGCUCCAUUUUAACGCAGAAUCAGAUUCCUGGGAGUCAGGGGCGCUUCACCAGCAGCAUGGCCGAGGAGGGGGCCCCUCAGGCGGGCAGAGCAAGAGAGGCAGAGAGCCCCUGGAGCAGCUGAUCCAGAAGCUCCGGGGAGCUGGGGAAGAUGCAGGCGGGCUGAUGGUGCGUGCUUUGCGGGGAGAAAACAUGGGAGCAUGGUGAAAAAUUUUCAAAGUGUGCCGUGGAGAGGAUAGGCCACAGGAGGGGUAGCCCCUAGCUACGUAAUACCAUGGUGGGAUUUUGGUGCUACUGCGCUCAGGACCAUGCCAGCAGGUUAGUAAGGGAGAGUGCUGGAGGUCCUGCAGCCGCACCAGAGUCCCCGGAGGUCGGCUGCAGCACCAGUGUCUCGGAGGGUGGAAAAAUUUUCAGAGUGUGCCGUGGAGAGGAUAGGCCACAGGAGGGGUAGCCCCUAGCUACGUAAUACCAUGGUGGGAUUUUGGUGCUACUGGGCUCAGGACCAUGCCAGCAGGUUAGUAAGGGAGAGUGCUGGAGGUCCUGCAGCCGCACCAGAGUCCCCGGAGGUCGGCUGCAGCACCAGUGUCUCGGAGGGUGGAAAAAUUUUCAGAGUGUGCCGUGGAGAGGAUAGGCCACAGGAGGGGUAGCCCCUAGCUACGUAAUACCAUGGUGGGAUUUUGGUGCUACUGGGCUCAGGACCAUGCCAGCAGGUUAGUAAGGGAGAGUGCUGGAGGUCCUGCAGCCGCACCAGAGUCCCCGGAGGUCGGCUGCAGCACCAGUGUCUCGGAGGGUGGAAAAAUUUUCAGAGUGUGCCGUGGAGAGGAUAGGCCACAGGAGGGGUAGCCCCUAGCUACGUAAUACCAUGGUGGGAUUUUGGUGCUACUGGGCUCAGGACCAUGCCAGCAGGUUAGUAGGGGAGAGUGCUGGAGGUCUGGCAGCCGCCCCGGUGUCCCCGGAGGUCGGCUGCCGCACCAGUGU